UUUUGUUCUUUAGACCUUUACAAAAGCAUUUUGGAAACAACCCUUACACCAUCUGGAAUCGAUACAGCCAAGCUGUAUCCAAUUCUUUUGUCCUCUGGACUUCCUCGGGAAACACUGGGUCAGAUUUGGGCAAUGGCAAACCAAACUACUCCAGGAAAGCUGACAAAAGAAGAACUAUAUAUUGUGCUUGCCAUGAUUGGUAUCGCUCAGAGGGGAGAAUGUUCCUUGAAUAUGGAUAUACUGAGUCAGUAUUCCUCAGCACCUAUACCAACUCUAGGUAGCUUUGCAGUAAGUUUUCCCUCGGCUGUAGAUCCGUUGCGUGGCGUAUCUCCAAGGCUUGCUGCCUCUAAGCCUCUGGAUGUUAGUCAGCCAGUGGUCACAAUGAAGAAGAGUACACCAGCUCCUGCAGGAAAUGUCACACUGCAGACUUUCAUGCCACCAACCUUUACUCAGCCGCUUUUCAAGCCAGAAGAUGAUGAUUUCCAAGACUUUCAAGAGGCAUCCAAAUCUGGACCCAUUGAUGACUCUUUCCCUGAUUUCCAAAGUGAUAUGUCCAAAAUAUCAUCUUCAUUGUUGAAGAGCAGUGCUCCGCCUUUGCUUAUGCCAGUGUCUGGAACACAAUCAUCUGUAGCUCCUGUGGUUGAUAAAUAUGCAGUAUUUAAAACCAUCAAUGUGGACCGCAAACUGGAAAGCACAAGUACUUUCUCAGGAGAUGGUUUUGCAGACUUCAAAUCUUCUUCAGCAGAUGAUGGAUUCACAGACUUUAAAACAGCAGACAGCAUAUCUCCUUUAGACACUCCGUUAAGAGAAACUCAGACGUCUCUUGGAUUUAAUACUGUCCCCACCCAGAAAUCUCCUACUCAACUGAAAUCCUCAUCCGACCUUUCAUUUUCUUCUGUAACAAGCAAUGCCUUUCCAAAAACAUUCCAUGCACCCAAGCCUGUGUCAUUGCCUGUGCCUGCACUUUCAUUAGCAGCAUCUUCAUUACCAUUCUCUUCCUCAUCUUCAUCCACAUAUGUUUCUGUGUCAGCUGUGCCUGCUAAAAUUUCCUCCUUACUUGAUGAUUUUGGAGACUUUACACUUUUUGGAGGACCAGCCAGCACUACAUCUGUUGGUAGCCAAAAUGACUUUACGGACUUCUUGACAAGUAAUAGCACUUCUGCUGAACAAAAAACUGGAGACAAAUAUGAAGCUUUCAAGCAGGAAUCAUGUACAGUUGAUCCAGUACUCUCUACUGGUUUAAACCAAAACCUUCAAACCACCUCUUCAGCAUCCAGUAAUAAAUAUGAUUUAUUUGAAACACCUUUCUCUGGACAGUUCUAGCACAGGGUAUGAGGAAUCUAAAGAUGCUGCCAGUCUCCCUAAAGACAGUGACUUUACAUUCCAGUAUGACAAAUUCACUACCACCGAGAGCAACUCUGAAAAAUCUUUUGUGGACAAGUUUGCUGCUCUCAAGCAAGCCAAAGAGGACUCCGUCUCUAUUAAGUCAUUAGACCUUCCUUCGAUCGGUGGCAGCAGUUUUGGGAAGGAUGACUCUGAAGAUGCACUUUCUAUCCAGUUUGACAUGAAGUUGUCAGACUUGGGCGGGGAAUUGAAGCAUGGUAUGUCUGAUAGUUCUCUGGAUUUGCCAACGGUUAGUGGUCAGCAUCCGCCUGCUGCAGAUGAUUUUAAAGGCAGUUUGACAAUAUCUGACUGGUCAGAAAAGGACAACGCACACACGGACAAAAAACAGGCAGACUUUUUUUUCAGCACUGACUACACUGCUGGCUCUUCAACAUCCGUGUUCUCCAAGAAGGAAACAUCAUUUGGAAGUACUGAAAACCUUACCAUGACAACUGUAUCAAAAAUAACUACCUUCUCCAGUGACAUCCAUGUUCCAGAGGACAACUCAGCAUUUGGUGCAAGCACUAAAGGACAUGUUGAAAAAGCAAGUGGCAUGUUCUCAGGUGGCCUUGAGGGUAUUUCCUCUCUUGCUUUGGGGCACAGUAAAGAAAGUCAUGAUCUGUCUUCUAGCGUUGCUUCAGAAGUGAAGACUAUAGAUGAUUUUGGUGAAUUUCAAAGUGAGAAGCCCAAAAUUAGUAAAUUUGACUUUCUUUUGGCCAAUGCUCAAGGAAAAAUGAAAUCAAGUGAAGAAAUGAUUAAGACCGAACUUGAAACAUUGGAUCUUUGUGCUCAAGGAUCCCAUAAGAGAAGCCUUAGCCUUGGGGAUAAAGAAAUCACUAGAACUCCACCUGCUGCAGAGCCAGCUUUCAGAGACAGGUCUCACACUGUUACCGAGAAGUCUACCUUACCUGUGAUUAGAGACAAGUACAAAGAUCUCACAGGAGAAGUAGAGGAGAGUGAAAGGUAUGCAUAUGAAUGGCAGCGUUGUUUGGAAAGUGCGUUGCAGGUCAUCAAAAAGGCAAAUGAUGCUCUCAAUGGAAUUAGCAGUUCAGCAGUCUGUACAGAAGUUAUUCGAUCAGCACAUGGAAUGGAAUAUUUAUUAGGUGUCAUCGAGGUGUACAGAGUGACCAAGCGAGUAGAAUUGGGUAUAAAGUCCACUGCAGUGUGCAGUGAGAAACUGCAGCACUUACUGAAGGAGAUUGACAAACUUUGGAAUAACUUAAUAGGAUUCAUGUCACUAGCCUCUCUAAUGCCUGAUGAAAGCGCACUGGAUUUUGCCUCCUGUAUGCUUCGACCAGGAAUCAAAAAUGCUCAUGAACUGGCAUGCGGUGUCUGCUUGCUAAAUGUUGACUCUCGAAGUAAGGCUUUUAACUCGGACACUGAUCAUUUUAAACUUUCCUAUGGAGGUCACCAAUAUCAUGCAAGCUGUGCAAACUUCUGGAUUAACUGCGUGGAGCCCAAACCUCCUGGCCUUAUACUGCCAGAUCUGCUGUAA